AUGAAUGAAAAAAAAUCGUUGCUGGAAAAAUAUUCGAUACCAAUAGAAAACUUGGAUUUUGAUUAUCUAAGUAAAUGUCAAAACAUUUCCGAGUUGGAGAAGAUCAUUGAAAUAUUGAAAUCGGGUGAAGAAGGAUAUUAUCCAGAUUUAACCAAAUUUGCUGAAGCUACGCUUAAAGCAUUGGAUCCCAAUAAUCGAGUGCUUCGGUCUGAAGUGGAAUGUCAACGAACCAGCAUGGACGAACGCCAACAAAUCAAUGACUUUGUGCAGAGUAUUAAAGUCAAGAACGGUAAAAUACGCGAUCAAUCAAAUUUCGAUAACAAUUUAGAUGAUGCAUUACCUCCAAUUCGGAGCAUGAUUGAAGUGUCAGAAAUUCAAGAUGCUGCCAAAAGCAGAGACAAACGAAUUACUUCUACCGAUUAUAAUCGAUGGGAUAAAUUCGAUGCAGACACUGAAUGUCUAAAGAUUGAAUUGGCUGAAGAGCAAAUGCGAGAAAAAAUGUCGAUGGACCAAAAACGACAGCAACAAGUACCAAAAUUAAUCGAAAUUUUACCAGAAACUACGGUGCACGAGCAAAUGAGCGAUGUUGAAAAACAUGAAUUCGCCGAUAAACAUCGAAUCAAAGGCAAUGAAUUCUUUAAGUGUUCGGAUUAUCAACAAGCAAUCAAUGAAUACAACACUAGUUUGAACUAUGAACCAACGGCUGCUGUUUAUAACAAUCGAGCACUUGUUUAUUUGAAGCAGAAAAAAUACAUGGAAUCAAUUCGAGAUUGUGAUGAAUGUUUGAAAUUAGAACCGGAAAAUGUUAAGGCAUUUCUUCGAAAAUGUGAUGCGUUGAUUGCCACAGAUCGGAAGAAUAUGGCUUACAAACUAUAUGCACAAGUUUUAAAAAUAGAUCCUGAGAAUGCCAUCGCCAAAAAAGCCUUGAUAAACAUUCCAUUACGUCUUGAAAUUGAAGACGUGAACGUACAAUCUCAGGUAGUCAAGUCGACAGAAACUAAACCACCGAAUGAUGAUGAGGAUGAUGAAAGUGAUGACAUUUUAAAGAGAUUGAUUAUUCCAAAAAAAAUUGUUCCGAGUAAAUAUGAAAGGGCCAUGUCCAACUUGAAACGUUUAACAAAUCAAAAAGCUGAUAAACACAAUACCUUUUAUUAGAACCACCAAACAUAGCAGAAUUAUGAUAAAAAGCCAUUUAACAUUUUGUUUCUCUGAAAUAAGCAUCAUUUGAUAAAAUCAAAAACAUCGGAUAACAGUUAU